GAGACUUUAAACGCCAUCUCCCGACAGCCACCGCUGUAGCCGCGCAUGCGCACUGCCUCGCUUUCGCUUGGCCGGUCACAGGAGCCACUCGUGAAAAUCCGGAGACGCUAAGCGGCGAGAAGAGCUGAGAGAUCCGAGUUUAAAUCUGAGUGUGAUGGCGUGUGGAGCCACUCUGAAGCGCUCUCUGGAGUUCGACCCGGUGAUGAAUCAGAACUCCCCGAAGAGAAGACGCUGUGCCCCGGUGUCUCCUUCCUCCUCCUCCUCCUCCUCCCCGCGGAAAUACCUGCGCCUCGAACCCUCACCUUUCAGCCAGGUGAACACCGCGCCCACUCCAGAACAAAUUCUGCACAACAUUAAACAAGAAUAUAAACGCAUGAAGAGAAGACACCUGGAGAACAGUUUCACAGAUUCCCCUAUCGACCCUCAGCCCAGCUCAUCCAUCCCCGGUGUGUGUGUGGGCUCGUUGUCCCCCACUAAAAGGGAGCAGCCGUUGUUCAGUCUGAAGCAGGUGGGUUUGAUCUGUGAGCGUCUGCUGAAGGAGCGAGAGGAGAAAGUGCGAGAGGAGUACGAGGAAACUCUCACCUCUAAACUCGCAGAACAAUAUGACACGUUUGUGAAGUUCACUCAUGAUCAGCUCAUGCGCAGAUUUGGAGAGCAGCCUGCUAGCUACGUGUCAUGAGUGUGUGUGUGUGUGCGCGUGUAUACAGUGUGUGAGCUCCACCGUUGCUGCUCCGUGUCGUCAGGUCCUGCGCUUCCCGGCGUCUCCAGACUCCGCGUCAGUGUAACGGUUUCUCAGAGCGGUCUGCGGUGCUGGUGCACACUUCAGCUGUGUGCGAGAGCGUGUGUGUGCGAGAGCGUGUGUGUGCGAGAGCGUGUGUGUGCGAGAGCGUGUGUGUGCGAGAGCGUGUGUGCGAGAGCGUCUGUGUGUUUUUUCAGUGAAAUGGCGGCUGUGAUAUUCAUUUUCUCAUCUCUCAUAUUUAUUACACUCUUCUCUUUCGAUGCCUUUUAAAACAUCCGUUUUUCAUUUUUAGAUUUUCUUCUCCAUCAUGGUGUGAGUGUGUGUGAGAAAGAGAGAGAGAUGGAGAGAUAGAGUGUGUGUGUGUGUGUGUGUGUGUGUGUGUGUGUGUUAGAGACAGAGAGAUAGUGUGUGUGUGAGAGAGAGAGAUUGUGUUUGAUGUGUGUGUUUCAGUGAACUCCUCUUGGCUUUGUAAAAAUGCAUUCACUUGUACAAAUCACUCCUCUAUUUUGAUUAAAGUUUCAUUAUUAUUUUUUGUUUUAAAUUAUUUUUAUUUUCUCUCCUCCGGUCAGUGCAUUAUGGUUUUACAGCUAGUGGACUUUAACACUUUAUCUGAUUUUAUGUUGAGACGAUGUAUACAAAUAAACACUUUACACAAACCUUCA